AGAGCUGCUUCUAGGCCGGCCCCGCCACUGGUCGAAAGCUGGCGCUUCUUCCUUCCUCGAGCUUGGAUCCUCGCUGUCCACUAUGCGUUUCCUGGCCGCCGCCUUCCUGCUCCUGGUGUGCAUCGUCGCCGGCCAGGCCGAGCUGGUCCGGUACAAGGACUGCGGCUCUGAGGUUGGAAUUAUAAAGGAGGUGAAUGUGAGCCCAUGUCCCACCCAACCGUGUGAACUGGACAAAGGACAGACCUACACCGUCAAUGUGACCUUUACCAGCUAUACUCAGUCUACAAACAGCACAGCCUUCGUGCAUGGCAUCCUGUUCAAGGUACCAGUCUUCUUUCCCAUUCCUGAGCCUGACGGUUGUAAGAGUGGAAUCAGCUGCCCCAUCCAAAAAGACAAGACCUACAACUACCUGAAUAAACUGCCAGUGAAGAGUGAAUACCCUAAUGUAAAACUGGUGGUGAAAUGGGAACUUUUGGAUGACAAAAAAAAAAAUCUCUUCUGCUGGGAAAUCCCAGUAGAGAUCAAAGGCUAGAAGUAUUUGAUGCCAUUAUGUCUACAUGGGGGUAAGAGGGCCGGGUAGAGGGAAGGGAAGAAUGGAGGGAAAUCAGACUUGAAGCUAAAUCAGUGCCACAAGAUGAAAGGAAUUUCAAGACUGCUGUUUUAUGCCUCACAACCUCCAAAAACAUCUAAGACCAUACUUCUUGAGAUCUCAGACCUGUAGCCUUUGUAAUUUCCUUUGUAAAAGGGCUGAAGAAAGGAGAAAGAGUUGGAUUGUGAGGACUAGUUUAACUGGCUCAUGAUAUUUUGCUGUUGGAUGAGGGUGGGCCCAGCCAGGCAGGACUGGGAGCAGAGGCUUAGGGAUCUCAGGAUAACUUGCCCUAGGGCAUUGGUGCUCAGUGUGGAGAAUGGCAGCCAAACCAUUUCUGUGUAGCUGUGGCCCUUGUGUCUACAGGUUCCUCAGCUCCAAGUGCCUCCCUCACAGAAUCCAGUACAUCUGGCCAACACUUCCUGCUGGCUCUUGACAGCACCUCCAGCCCGGUGGCUUCAAUAGUAGGGCUUGUUCUCCGUGUAUCCAGAGAUCACUGGAGAGAUGUUCUACAACAGAAAUUUAGCUCAGAUGGCUGACUCUUCCCUAGCUGGCUCAUGUCUCUUGUUCCGUCUUAGCUGGUUUUCAUUAAAGGCAACAGUUGCUUA